AUGUCCACGCCAUCCAACCCAAACAUCGGUCCCGAUCCCACGAGUGGGACAGGGACACAGACAGAAACAUUCACCAUCCACUACUUCGCAACAGCAUCCCAAUACACCUCCAAAAACACAGAGUCUCUCCCUGCUCCACUAUCACUGUCCGCUCUCUUCCCACUACUAGAGGAGCGCUACCCCGGGAUAACCGAGAAAGUCCUCCGCAGCUGUGGCGUCAGUGUGGAGGGGGAGUACGUUGAUAUUGAGGCUGAUAAGGAGAUCGUUAUUCUGAGCCGCCAGGAAGUUGCUAUUAUUCCGCCUGUUAGUUCGGGUUGA